UGCUGCAUCAACUGUACCUCCGCGAGACUUGUGUGAAGCGAGUCAACGAAAACUUAGCAGAACAUGUGUUGAAAUAGCCGGUAUGCGGACUUUUGACGGGUGCUGACUGGAUACGACUACACUGGUUGGACCUGCCAGUGGAUAACCAUGGCACAGAUACAUGUCAGGACCAAUCAGAACUAGUGCACACUGGCGCACACAUGGCCUUGUAAGCUGUGACUGUGAACUGUACUAUCAAGGAAAUUCCUCAGUCCUCCAGGGUCACCUCCGUGUUUCUCUAUCUGGUGAGCUGCAGCAAAACAAGGGACAAAGCUGGGCGAACCAGGGAGACACAAUGGCUACUGAAGAAAAUCUGACACAGGUUGGGGCUGUAGUCUUGCCUCAGCGUUCUUCACCCCCGUCUACUGGGAGCAGGCCCAGCAGAGAAGCCAGACACUCAAAUGACAGCCGGGAAGUACGACAGUACUCUGACCAAUUGUGGCAGUCAAAACAGCAAAGUAGCCCUUCCCUUGUCUUAUAUAGGAAGUUGUCGUGCGACAGUGGGGAAGGCACAAUUUUGGACGGGGAAUAUGAGUGUUUGGAUUACAGCUCAAAACUCCGGAGCAUGGGAGAAAAACUUUAUCCAGAGUGGGCGGCUGGCAAAAGAAUCGAAGGAAUAACUAACACAGUUACUCCGAUACCUGGGAAAGGUUCACAAGGAUCUCCGUGCCAGCUGGACAUCACUGGUGAGGGUGUGGAUGCAAGCAGAAACAGAACUGGCAGCACUCGAUGCUCCUGCACCCCUAGCCCUUACACAAAUCCAAACAUGAACUGUUGCCACAGCCCCAGAUCCAGUCCAAGCCCCAGAUCCAGCCCUGUUCACAGUCCUCACUUCAGCCCGAGCCCCUCUCAGCCAAACCACCGCCACAUCCGCCGCAGCAGCAUGCCCGUGUCUAUGCUGGCUUUCUACAAGACGUCACCGUGCUUCUCAUCCCAGUGCAGUCCUUCCAGUGAACCAAGCUCUCUGAUGUCAUCUCCCUGUAGUUCUCCCCUUUCCAACCACAGGCAGCAUCAACAAAACGGUCACAUCCACCAGCACCAUCUCAAAGAUGGCUACUCAAGUUUAGAGAGGCUCAACAGAAGGCCCCGGGUUAACAAAUCCUCCUUGGAGAAACUGUUUUUACGUCGGGGCUCUCUCGAAACCAUGACAACAACCCUGAGGCACGAUGAGAGGUUGUCCUCGGAAGUGACCAGGAUCUGCAGCGGGGGCAGCAGCAGUGAUGAGGGAGAUGGUUUCUUGGAUAACACAGAGUUUGUUAGGAACCGUAAAGAGCGUUCCACCGUCCUAGUCAGACGGUUCUUCAAGAAUAAUCAGAAGAUGACCAAGUCAGUGUGUACUGGAACCAGAGCGAUUGUCAGGACACUGCCGUCAGGACGCAUUUCAGAGGAGGCCUGGGAGGAGGUUGUUUGUCACAGGACACGGCAACCUAGUAAGAAUGAUAUGUGGCCAAUCUUAAUGCGUGGUGUGGGAGAAGACUUCAGAGUCUCCAGAGGGAUGCUGUGCUUUGUUGGGAUUAAGCUGCAGCAGGUUACCCACUAUGUGCAGAACAUAGAGGAACUUGACCUGAUUCAUCCUGCGGAAAAGCUCCUGCUGUCUUGCCCUGGAUGUGUCUGUCUCAGGGAUUCUCACUGGCCAUUACACACUGUCAGUGCCAGCCCACCCAGACUGGAUCUGAACCCCUGCAUCAAUCCCCGGUGUUGUCAUCCUUCUUAUCCACCUAGGUUUUUUCGUGCUUGUGGCCAACGAACAGUUUGUUCCCUGCUGACUGGAGCCCUACUAGAGGCCACAGCCGCUCUUGGUGCCCGCUCUGCUUUACUCUACCCUUUUCCCCAGAGCCCCAACAGCCAUACUGUGCUGAAAGAGCGUCAGCUGGCCAACAGUAUGACCAGCAGCAGCUCUCUUCCUCCCAGUGUCAGUGGGAUCAGUAAGGAGCUGGCAGAGCUGCGACACCUUGUUCAAUUCCCUGAGGAGAUUGCCUGUAUCCUCACCGAGCAAGAGCAGCAGCUCUACCAACGGGUCUUUCCCUUGGACUACCUCUGUUUCCUCACUCGAGACUUGGGCAGUCCCGAGUGUCAAACCAAACGCCACCCAAACCUCAAGGCCUCACUGUCAGCGCCCGCCAUGCCUACCCAGAGCGCUCAGAGAAGUAACGCUGUGGAGGACCUGGUAGCGCGGUUCAACGAGGUGAGUUCGUGGGUGACAUGGCUUGUCCUGACAGCAGGAUCCAUGGAGGAGAAGAGAGAAGUUUUCUCCUAUCUGGUCCAUGUUGCUAAAUGCUGUUGGAACAUGGGAAACUACAACGGUGUCAUGGAGUUUCUGGCUGGACUCAGGUCACGCAAGGUCCUGAAGAUGUGGCAGUUUAUGGACCAGUCGGACAUCGAGACCAUGAGAAGCCUAAAGGAUGCCAUGGCUCAGCACGAGUCUUCUUCUGAGUAUAAGAAGGUUGUAACCAGAGCUCUCAAUAUCCCAGGAUGCAAGGUGGUGCCAUUUUGUGGGGUUUUUCUGAAGGAGCUGAGUGACGCGCUGGAUGGGACAGCAAGCAUCAUCAGCCUUAAACCACCUGUUGAUAACACAGAGGACUCAAUAGAGUUUGUUUCUGACUACAGCGGCCAGCACAACUUCAUGUCACGGUCUGGUCCAGAUGGUCUACAUGUUCCAGAGAAAGAAGCCACUGUCAGCAACAUCCUCCAGAUUAUCAGAUCUUGUAAUCGUAGUUUGGAGGCAGAGGAUCCUGAUGAUGCCUCCACCAGUCCCUCUUCUACUGGUCCAUCCCCAGCAUCCAGAAAUAACUCCUUCAGAGACCGCUGCCGCAAUCAGUUCAUGGUAGGGGACUUGUCCGAUUCAGAAGGUGACCUGUCGUCUGAGCCGGUGGUGAAGGAGAUGGAGUUCCAGGGGACUGAGGAGACACACAGAGCUUUCAGCCAUGGUACUGAGCUCAUUCCUUGGUACGUGUUGUCACUACAACCAGAUGUUCACCAGUUUCUACUGCAGGGAGCCACGGUCAUCCACUACGAUCAGGACAGCCACGUCACAGCUCGCUGUCUGCUGCGACUACAGCCUGACAACACAACACUCACCUGGGGUAAGCCUCAGAACGGAGGGGCUUCCCUCACAGAGCAACCGCUGGGAUUAGGACAGACUGUAGUGGCAGGACUAGCAGAGGGCCUGCUGGACCUCGGAGUGGUGAAGGCAGUGUUCCUCGGUCACCAGGGAGUGGACGUCCAUGCUGUGUGUUUGCAGAACAAGCUGAGCCAGAUGACGGUGGAGGAGAAUGGUCUCAGCCUCCUCUAUGGUCUCAGUACCACUGACAACAGACUGCUGCACUUUGUGGCCCCCAACCAAACAGCACGAAUGCUUCACAAGGGCCUGUCAGAGUUGGUGAAUGCAACCAGGAAACUGAAGAAGUUUCCUGACCAAAGGUUGCAGUGGCUGAGAAGACAGUAUGUCAGUCUGUAUCAGGAGGACGGCAGGUACGAAGGCCCUACACUAGCCCAGGCCAUCGAGCUGUUUGGUGGGCGGAGGUGGAACAUGGGUACAGGUGGAGUGGAGAAAUCUGCCGCCCAGAAAAACAAUCCUCUGGGUAUCAAUGAUAAGACAAAGAAGAAGAAGAAAGUUCUAGUCAGGGGAGACAGCGGGGAUGCCACAGAUGACGAGAUGGUUUCCAGGAAGACACGGAGUUGUAAGGAGGGACUGUAUCGGAACGGACCAGAGUCUGACAGCAUAGACCAAGAAGAUCCAGAGGACAGCUUCCCUGGACCAUUCUCCCUCUCAUCUAAUAAGAGCCCUGGAUUGCUAGCCUCUUCCUCCUCCUCCUCCUCUUCCUCCAGCAUGGCAGGGUCCAACCAGUCCCGCCCACAAUCCUCUCCAAUCCUUUCAGGAACUUCGAAAUCACAGCCGGGGGCAUGGAGCAGCAGGUCGUGGCACGGUCGAGGUAAAGGCUGCUUCAAAGGCUUCCAGAAUCUCAUGAUUUCUGACAGCACAAUGAACUUCAUCGAGUUUGUUGAACUCUUCAAAUCAUUCAGUAUCCGAAGCAGAAAGGACCUAAAGGAGUUGUUUGAUACCUUUGCUGUCCCCUGCAGUCGUUCAAGUUCAGAGUCAGCUCCUCUCUACACCAACCUCCGGAUAGAUGACAAAGACACGGGGCUGCAACCAGACCUGGACUUACUAACCCGGAACGGUUCAGAUCUCGGCCUGUUUAUCCGGACGAGGCAGCAGAUGUCCGACAACCAGAAGCAGAUCUCUGACGCUAUUGCAGCAGCCAGCAUUGUGACCAAUGGGACAGGAGUGGAGAAUGCAUCACUAGGCGUCCUGGGAUUGGCUAUCCCUCAGCUCAAUGACUUCCUAGUCAACUGUCAGAGAGAACACCUGAGUUAUGAUGAAAUUCUCAGCAUUAUACAGAAAUUUGAGCCCUCAUCAAGCAUGAGACAAAUGGGUUGGAUGUCAUUUGAAGGCUUUGCAAGGUACCUGAUGGACAAGGAGAACUUUGCGUCUCGUAACGAGGAAUCCCAGAUGAACCCGGAGGAGCUUCAGUACCCUAUGUCCUACUACUACAUCGAAUCUUCUCAUAACACCUAUCUGACUGGACACCAGCUCAAAGGAGAGUCCUCUGUUGAGCUUUACAGUCAGGUGCUGCUUCAAGGAUGUAGGAGCGUUGAAUUGGACUGUUGGGAUGGAGAUGAUGGCAUGCCAGUUAUCUACCAUGGACACACACUCACUACAAAAAUACCCUUUAAGGAUGUGGUGGAAGCAAUUAACCGGUGUGCAUUCGUCAAUUCUGACAUGCCAGUCAUCCUGUCCAUAGAGAACCACUGCUCCCUUCCACAGCAACGCAAGAUGGCUGAGAUCUUCAAGACGGUGAUUGGGGAACGUCUCGUGACGCGCUUCCUCUUUGAAAGCGACUUCAGUGAUGACCCUCACCUGCCGUCGCCGCUGCAGCUGCGAGGAAGGAUCCUACUCAAGAACAAGAAGCUCAAGGCUCACCAGGCACCAGUGGACAUCCUCAAACAGAAGGCUCACCAGCUGGCCCACCUGCAGGCCCAGGCUAGCAACGGGUCGCCAGGGGUUACUCUGUCUGGAAACCAUGCCAAUGAGGAAGAGGAAGAGGAAGAAGACGAAUACGACUACGACUAUGAGUCUUUAUCAGAUGCUGAUGUCCUCACAGCCUCUACUGCCUCGUAUGGCCUGGAAGAUAACAUCCUGGAUGACAAGCCGGAAGGGAAGAGCUCAGUGGACAAAGAAGAGCAACCUGUUGAUGAAAUACCCAAGCGGAUGAAGAAGGUUGACAGCACUACGCAAAGCAAAGGAAAGGUGUUUGACAUGGAGCUGGGCGAGGAGUUUUACCUUCCUCAGAACAAGAAGGAGAGUCGACAGAUCGCCCAGGAGCUGUCCGACCUUGUCAUCUACUGCCAGGCUGUGAAAUUCCCUGGCCUGUCCACACUGUCUCCGGCAGGCUCUGGCAGAGGGAAGGACCGGGGAAAAAGCAGGAAGUCCAUAUUUGGCACAGCUCCUGCUCGCUGCAGCGCAACGGGGGAGGUCACGACCCAGAGCCGCACCCCUGGGAAAGGUGGCACCGAGCGGCUAAGCUGGGAGGAGCAGCAGACGUCUCCUGUCCUCAAUCCCCCCACCUCACUCAGCGCCAUCAUCCGCACGCCCAAGUGCUACCACAUCUCCUCCGUCAACGAGAACGCCGCCAAGCGCCUUUGCCGACGCUACUCUCAGAAGCUGAUCCAGCACACGGUGUGCCAGCUGCUCAGGACAUACCCGGCAGCCACCAGGAUAGACUCAACAAACCCGAAUCCUCUGCUUUUCUGGCUUCAUGGAAUUCAGCUGGUGGCCCUCAACUAUCAGACUGAUGAUCUACCCAUGCAGUUGAACACAGCAUUGUUCGAGGCCAACGGCGGCUGUGGUUAUGUGCUGAAGCCGGUGGUGCUGUGGGACCGUAGCUGUCCGCUCUAUCGACAGUUCUGUCCAAUGGAGAGGGAUGUGGAGAAAAUGAGCCCCGCCGUCUAUUCCAUCACUAUUGUGUCUGGUCAGAACGUUUGUCCCGGCAACAGCGCAGGCAGCCCCUGCAUCGAGGUGGACGUUCUGGGCAUGCCCAUCGACAGCUGUCACUUCCGCACCAAGCCCAUCCACCGCAACACUCUCAACCCCAUGUGGAGUGAGCACUUUCAGUUCACCGUGCACUUUGAAGAGAUGUGCUUCCUGCGCGUCGCCGUGGUGGAAAACAACAGUUCCCAGACUACUGCUCAGAGAACUCUGCCUCUGAAGGCCCUCAAAUCAGGUUACAGACAUGUCCAGUUGAGGACGCAGCAUAAUGAGUCACUUGAAGUGUCCAGUUUAUUUAUCUUCAGCCGUAGAACAGAGGAAGGUCCAACAGGGGGCGCUACUCAAUCUUCCCUGCUGUUCAGUUCAGAGGAGAAACAUACAUCCCAGCAGCACAGGGUAACAGUGCAUGGAGCUCCUGGUCCUGAGCCCUUCACGGUGUUCUGCAUUACGGCGCAGACCACCACCAAACAACUGCUGGACAUGAUUGUACCAUCUGAAGGAAACCCAUCGGAGUACUUCCUGUGCGAGGAGAAGGUCCCUCUGUUGAAGGAGCGCAGCGAGGUGAAGCGCUGUGCUCAGCAUCGCCCCCUAGCGCCUGAGGAGGAGGUGGUCAGACUGGUCAGCAGCUGGAACACUGAGGAGGGAUAUGUGGGAAGGAUCUGCCUCAAAACAAGAGAGGAGAACUUAAAUGAGAAGAACACAGUGCAGGAGGGGGAGGAGGAGGUGACUGUGGGAGGAAGAGAAGGCGGAGGAGGGGGAGUAGGAGAGGAAGAUAUGUUCUUCGUCCAGGUCCAUGAAGUUUCACCAGAACAGCCUCACACUGUGAUCAAGGCCCCGCGCUACAGCACCGCACAGGACAUCAUACAGCAGACUCUGACAAAGGCCAAGUAUUCCUACACCAUCCUAGCUAAUCCCAACCCAUGUGACUACGUCCUGAUGGAGGAAGUGACCAAGGACGCUGGCUCUAAGAAGUCCUCCACAGCUAAACCCCUUCAGCGGGUGCUGAUGGAUCACGAGUGUGUCUUUCAAGCUCAGAGCCGCUGGCGGGGCGCGGGAAAGUUCAUUCUUAAAUUCAAAGAGCAGGUACAGUAGCGCCUAACACGGUAACUGAUUUUCAAAGGUAGAGACUUAUUUUCAUUGUGUAAGACAGUGUUGACAUAUGUGUUCGUGUUCUAACACUUGUGACCUUUGUAUGUGCUUGCAAGAAUGGUGCCAUGGAAAGUUUCUCUAACAUGCUGUUCCUUCACAUCUCAAUAAUUAUCUUAUGUGCAUGUUAUUGUAUUUUAACAUGUACAUGAUGGCUUGUAUGUGCUUUUAACUUGUCGUUGCUGUCCUUGUUUGUAACAUGUUAUGUGUGCUUUGCUGCCCUGUGUAUGUUUUUGUAAUUAACUUGUCUGGUACUAAUGUUUUUAUAUGUUGUAUGUCUGUCAGUAUUUAUUUUAUUUAUUCAUCAUCCUUUUACACCCGAGGCCUUUUGUGAUGACAUGUUUGCAAAUAAGAAUGCUCUGUAAAAUGACCUGCCUCGUUGAAUAAAGGUUAAAUCAUUCUGAA